CUUUUUGGCGACACCGGUCCGGGGGUGAUACCGGGGCUGGAUCCUCCGCUUCUCUGAACACACGGAUUACUCCUCCCGCGCACGCGCCGCGGGAGCUCGUGUUGACCCACUUCCACGGGCCGGAAGUGUCCUGAGACUCGGGUCCUUCCGCUCCCGGGACCUGACAGGACCAGGAACCGGGACCGGGACUAUGCCGGGGGACGUGGAGUACAGCCCGCUGGGGGACGGGCCGGGCCCGCGGGACGACUGGCUGAACUCGUGGCUCCGCAGAGCCGCCGUGCUGGCCGCCCACGCCACGGCCGUGGGCUGCACGCUGAGCCUGGCGCUGCUGGCCAGACCCGGGACCAGUCUGUUUUCUUGGCAUCCAAUGUGCAUGUCUGUUGCUUACUGUCUGCUCAUGACCGAAGGCAUCCUGCUCUUCUCAGCCGAGGGAUCUCCGUUCUGCUUCAAGUCCCGCAAAGGUAAAGUGCGUCUGCACUGGUUCUUCCAGACUCUGGUGCUGAUCCUGGCGGCCACCGGGCUGGGCUUCAUCGUGGGCAGCAGGACCGUGUCGGAGCUGCCCCACCUGGCCAGCUGGCACAGCCUGCUGGGCGCCGCCACGCUGGCCGCCACCGGCCUGCAGGCGGCCUGCGGCGUGGCCGUGGUCUUCCACAAGCAGCUGCGGCUGUCCUUCCCCCCGGCCCGGCUCAAGCUGUACCACGCCACCUGGGGGCUGCUGGUGUACCUGCUGGCCACCGUCACCGUGGUGGCCGCCACCUUCUCCGACUGGUUCCAGGCCACGGUGAAGGGCUGGGCCUGGUGGGCCUUCCUGCUGCUGCCCCUCUACCCCGCCCUGGUGGUCAUGAACCAGAUCAUCAACGCCUACCUGCCCCGCAAGAAGAUCAGCAGCUAGGAGGCCGCGGGAGAGAGACGGGAGAACACGAGCCUCUUCUUCAACCACCUCGGGGAAGUUCUCAGGUUAGCAGCUCCACUUCUUCCUUCCUUCUUUUCCCCACUGAGGAACCAAAGAUGAAGUGGCCUAUCACAGGUCCAGGGAGAGCUUUGAGACGUGUGUGGGGGCCUCUAGUGGAGGGUAGAGGAACUGCAGCCGUGCGAUCUGCUGAGAGGACGACGAGCCAGGGAACGUGUCUGAUGAAGCUGCUGAGGAUGAGCGGAUCGCCAUGACGACGGUCUGCACAGGUGAAACACUGGACGACGUAGCGAGUGGUUUUGGACACGUGGAAAAGGGGCGGGGCCUUUUUGCACUGAAAUCGUUGAUUGAAUCAAGCAUAAUUUUGUGUGAACGGCAGCGAGGCUUUU